UGGUGGCGGCUGCGCCAGGUGGCGUUUUGGGGCGAGCAGCUGUACAACACCUCUGGGCAGCUGGCAGAGGUAACCGCCGAGAGGAGACGCGGCGAGGCCGAGAUCCUGCGGCUGCGGGAGGAGGCCUCGGCCCUGCGGGGCCACGUCGCCGGUCUCUUCGCGGAGCGGGCGGCCUCCGGCUACGCUGCCCGAGGUGCGGGGCGGCGCGAGGGAGCGUCGUGGCUGCGCGUGUGGAGGUUGGCCUCGCUCCAGCAGGCGGCGAGCCGCGAGCGCGACCUGCGGCGCGAUGCGCAGGAGGCCCUGGCAGCGUGCGGGCAG